AUGUUCACCUCCACACUCGCCCUCACCGCCAGCUUGGCCAUUGGUGCCUUUGCCCAGAACAUCACUUCAGCAAUGAGCUCUGCCGCGGUUACUCGAAGCGCUACAUUGUCCGGUACCGGCUCAGCUCAGACCACUAUYGCCGCUAUCGUUGGAGAGGCAGGUGAAUUAUUGGAAGGAAGCAUCAUCGCCGCAGACGCCUGCGCGACCACCAUGGCACUAUCUUGUGGAGCAGACAGCUAUCUUUGUGACAGCAUCUCUGACGUGGUGUUCACGGUCACUCAGGGACCCGAAAUCUACGAGAUGGCCUACGAGACCAGCACAGCCGGCGGAAGACUCACCGUCUCGCAGAGCUGCGAUCUCGAUGGUCCAGUUGGAAGCUUCACCCGCGCGGUUUGCGAGUACUCAUUCCUGGUCUCCGUGGCGGGGACACAGACCAAAGAGUCGUCCACCACGACCAUCUUUGGCACACAGUCCGACUUUCAAUAUGCUCAGCUUCCCAUCACUGCUGGUGCCGAGAAGCUACCUUCCGUAUCCGCUGCCUGCACUGCCACUGCCGCAGCGGCCACYGAUACUUCUUCUGGCGGCGCUGCAGCUCCUACUGGAAUCAGAAGCGAGAUCUACAAGGUCAUGGUGCCUGUUGGUGCCGUACUGGCUGCUGGUGCUAUGCUGUAG